GCUCUCACUACAAUAAGAUAUAAAACACGAAAGUGGUGACAAAGAAAAUAUAGUACUCUGUGUAAGGAAAUUCUUAGUGUGAGAGGGAGAUUCCAGACGUUGCAGAGAGUGGAUUGAAGAUGGCGUCGAGGAAAGCUAAGGAGGAGAGGGCGGAGGCCGCCGCGAGGCUUGCCGCGUCCGACCUGAGGGACGUGAACCGGGACCGAGAGAGGGAGAGGUUGGAAUACGUGGCCGAGGAGCUGGACGUGUCGACAGACCAGCCCCAGCAGCAGAGGCCUGGGAUGAUCGAGUCGGUCCUCCAGGCGUUCCACGACACGUAUGAGCAUGCCAAGGAGGCGGUCGUGGGGAAGAACUAUGAUGCCUCCGAGACUGCUGACAUGCCGGGAGACCGGGCCCGUGGGGCUUAUUAUGACAGCACCCCGGGGAAGGCUGAGCAGUAUAAGGAUUACACAACCGAGAAGGCGAAGGAGACCACCGACUCGGCUGCGAGGAAGCUUGACGAGACGAAGGAGGCGGCCAAGAACAAGACGGGGGAGCUCGCGGAUAAGGCCAGGGAGACCAAGGAUUCUGCCCUGGGGAAGGCCGGAGAGUACAAGGAUUGCACGGCGCAGAAGGCUGGGGAGACCAAGGACUCGACAAUGGGGAAGGCGGGUGAGUAUAAGGAUUAUGCAGCUCAAAAGGGCAGGGAGACGAAGGACUCAGUAAUGGGAAAGGCCGGGGAGUAUAAGGAUUACACGACCCAGAAAGCUCAGGAGGCCAAGGAGAAGACGAACGAGAAGGCGGGAGAGUACAAGGAUUAUGCUGCUCUGAAGGCUGAGGAGGCGAAGGGGAAGACCAUGGAGAAGGCGGGAGAGUAUAAGGAUUACACGUCCCAGAAGGCUGAGGAGGCUAAGGAGAAGACGAAGGAGAAGGCGGGAGAGUACAAGGACUACGGGGCCCAGAAGGGUCAAGAAGCCAAGGAGAAGGCCGGGGAGUACAAGGAUUAUGCGGCCGAUAAGGCAAGGGAGACCAAGGACUCAGCCGCUCAGAAGGCGGCAGAGACUAAGGAUUACACGGCUGAGAAAGCCAAGGAAGGGAAGGACACGGCAGCGGGGAAGCUGACUGAGCUGAAGGACUCGGCUGCAGAUGCGGCGAGGAGGGCCAUGGGUUACUUGUCCGGCAAGAAGGAGGAGACCAAGGAGAAGGAUUCUGAAACUGCAGACACCGCCAAGGAGAAGCUGAGCGAGACCGAGGAAGCAACUCGGCAGAAAAUGGAGGAAAUGAGGAUCCGAGGAGAGGAGUACGACGAUGAAGCUGCUCUUCGGGUGAGGGAAGCAUCGAAGGAAGCUCAAGAUGACCAGGAAAAUAGGGGAAAAGGAGGAAUAUUUGGUGCGCUAGGGGCCAUCAAAGACAAGCUGACCCACCCGACUGACCAGGCCACCCAUAAGCAUGAGGAUGUACCGCCACGCCGAGAUGCCAGUAGUGGUGAGAAGGGUGAGAAGAUUGAGGUGUAUGUAGAGGAAACCCCGCCCGGAGCAGUGGCAUCUGCUCUGAAGUCGUCCGACCAGAUGACGGGCCAGACCUUCAACGAUGUGGGUAGGAUGGACGAGGAGGGAGUCGUGCGCGUCACGGACCGGGACCGGCAUGGGAAGAUGUGAGAUGAGCGGGGACGCAAUGGCGUGGGUGGACGAGUGGAUGACGUGCUAGGAGAACUUCAAGUCCAUGUUUUUUUUUUUUUUUGUAUCAUCA